AUGGCGCUCGAAUGUACGGUACAAACCUCGACCGACUCUCAAAAACAAUCACAGGAUUUGGAUAGCGAUGACUCCUUCGACCCUAAUUCCUUGCCGGUAAGAUCUAUUCCUCACACACUGUAA